AUGGUGAUCAAAGUCAGAUGGGAGAAGCCCCCUUAUCCUUUCAUUAAAAUUAAUACAGAUGGAAGCUUCACAAAUAGAAAAUCUGGUAUUGGAGAGAUCACACAGGAUCACACAGACAAAGUUUUGCUAUAUUUCAAGGCUCCCUAUAUUGCAGAAGAUGCUUUGGAAAUAGAAGCUGCUGCCCUUUAUUAUGCCAAGGAUGUCAAGUGGUUGUGCAUCAUUGCUGAAGUGGACUCUUCACACCUGGUGGAGCUAAUCACUGCCACCUCCUCCCCCCUUGGCACAGCAACCAGUGGAUCUAUAGUAAAUAGGAUCACCACUGAGAUCAAGUCCCAAAUUAAGUUUAAUUAUAGGGAAGCUAACAGGCCUGCUAAUUUCUUGGCUUUGGAAGGCUCAAACUUGAGCCAUGCUGUGGUCUCAACUAUUAUCCCUUUCCCUCUACAACUUUUAACACAAGGAGAAAAACUUCAAAUUCCAUAUCUCAGAAUUCGUAACUGA